GUCAGUCGUUCGUGAAUUUUGUGGAAGCCCGUCUGCUGAUGUUUUCGUCGUUGCGGCGGAUUUUCUGAUUCUCACUUGGUUCGCGAAUUUCACCCAGCCUACGUACCGCGCUCGCUAUAUCGCCCAGCAACAUAACACCGAUCCGUGAAGGAGUUCUUUGUAAACAAAUCGUAAUUGGCCUGCAUUUUGCAUAAUUUACGCAACGAAGGGGCAGCUGCGUGAGUGCGACCGAGACCCAAGACCGACACACAGACGCAAGAGAGAAAGAGAGAGGGCCUGAGGAGGCGCAGGCGAGUUGGCAGCCAAGAGGCGAAAAAAAAUCAAAGUCUUUUCGAAAUUAGUUGCGAGCCCCCUAUAAAUAGCCCAAUAUGACGCGCUUGAAACAUUUCUCUUCAUAGACCGAUAACCAAUAAACGAAUAUAACUAAAUGCUCAGCUAGCAACCUCAUAUCCUAAGUGCCAACAAUCGACGCAACAACGCAUAUUCUUAAAAAAAUAAAAUAAAGUGUUAAAAUUAAAUAAAUUUUAAAUAAUUCUUUCGAUUAAAAAUAGUGUUUAUAAAAAUCAAUCACCAUGGCGCGCAUCAGUAGUUUGUUUUUUAAUUCGUCUGCGAGUUUAGAGACUAAAAAACUUAAUUGAUAAAAAUCAGAGUUAAAUAAAUAAAAGAAAGCUAAAAAAAAAAAGUAAAAAUUUUAAAAAAUAAAUCCAUUAGCUUGUGAGUGCAAUAUAGAGGAUAUAGACGUGAGAUUGUUCCAGAAAAGUGCAAGAGAACUAGACAUUCCAGCACUCCACUUGACGGGGGACUGCUUUUGAAACCCAAAAAGACCCAACAACGCUGACAAAGCUUCGGUUAAACUUUCUUCAAGACUCCAAGGGUUAAUCGCCUAAUGGCAAGUUCGCUCAACAAGACGAGACACAGGCGCAGACUGGCUGCGAUCUCGUUCCUAUCGAAUAUCUCGUUAGAUGGCACCCACCGGGACACUAAAUUUGGCGCAACAUUCGGCAGCAGCCUGCUCUGCAACCAUAAUAGGAAUCCAACCUCGCUGGGACUCGGCACAGGAGGCUAUCAUCCGCACUAUCAGCAGCAUCACCACCAGCGCAGCCACUCGGCCACGCAUCACAACCAUCAGAAGCGGCAGCAGCAGCAGCAGCACCAACAACCGCACCAACAACAACAACAACAACAACAGCAGCCACAUUAUCAACAAAACCAACAACAACAUCAGCAAAAUGGAGCUCCUUGCUCGCCGCUCCUAUGCAGCGCCGAUGUCCAUAUGGGCAUCGAUGGUGGCUUCGGUCUGGACGACUGCACCACAGCCGGCGCCGGUGCUGCCAGCGAUGGUGACGGGCAUUUUAGUGAAACUGAAAAUAUGGGUCACCACCUGAUGAACGUCCUGCCAGCCAAAGCCGGCCAAUCGGCGCCGGCUGAGCGACGCAACAUAAAGCGCCCGACCUCGUCUGGCCGUCAGCCCCACCAGGCAACAGCAGCAAGUGCUCCGGCACCGGGCAGUGGCAAUAUGAUCAAGCAGCAGAACCAGCUGCAACAGCGGCAGGCACGGGCCUGCACCGCCGGCAGUGGGGGAUCGGGUGCCGAGAGUGGCAGCGAUUCCGACAGCGUCAAGAUACCGCUCAAGGUGUCCAAUCUGGGCAGCGGCGGUGGCGUUACCGGCGGAUCAGGGACAGGAGUGUCAUCGGCCAAGCUACUACCGCUAAGGGAACGAACCUUUAGCAAUGGGGCCAGCGACCAGAACCUGCAGCCGGAGAGGAGGGCCCGUUUAAACACGGCGCCUGGUAUGCGGGCGGGCUCCAAUUCGAGCAUCGCCGUUGGAGGAGGCCUGAAGCGUACUUAUGUGCUGAGCGGGUCCAGUGUCAGUCAUAUUACGGAUGACAGCAGCACGGAGAGCCUGACGCCGGCGGGCAACUUUGCGGGCAGCUUCCGCAACAGCCUGAGCAAGUCGGUGCAGAUCAGUGAUGGCAGACGGGGAACCGGAGCCCAGGCGCUGGGACUGGGUCAGGGCAGAGAUGAGCGGAUGGUGUUGGUGUCCCGCAAGGUGCCCUUUUUCAUAUUCUCCGCUCUGCCGUACUACAAGGGCAAGAAUGGAAGGGCCGAGUUCCGCAAGGAGGAUCGUCGUCGCAGGAACCCUUCCACUUCACGCCCCUUGAGCUCCAUCAACGAUGCACCCUUUGAUCCUUUUGAUUUGUUGGGCAUCCAAAAGGCCGAAAGUGGUCAGGACAUCUCCUAUGGCCACCUGUUGAUACCUUCGCGUCAGUAUGAAAAAGAACGCAAGAAGCAUGGAAAUGCCUCGACAAACCCUUCCAUUUUCGAGAAUCAAAUGGAGAUCACGAGUACAGCUGCUCUUAAGAACCACGGCAUUGCAAGCACAAAAACCAUAACCAAACGUCAAGGCAAAUGGUGCUUCACGUAUGAGAACAACAACCGGAACAGUGCUGCUAGUCCCACGCCAGACUUGAAACUGGACAUGGACAUUGAGAGCGUCAUCCUGGGGGAUUCAUCUCGUGGGCAAGCAUACUCGGCCAGCAUUUUGGAUGAUCCUGAACUGAUUGCCGGCAAGCACCGCACCUUGCUUACCUUCACCUCGUACAUGACAUCCGUGAUCGACUAUGUGCGUCCCUCGGAUCUGAAGAAGGAGCUGAACGACAAGUUCCGUGAAAAGUUCCCCACCAUACAGCUCACGUUGAGCAAGCUGAGGAGCAUCAAGCGAGAAAUGCGUCGCAUCAACAAGCUGGACUCGCGCAUCGACCUGGUCACCAUCUCCCAGGCGUACGUGUACUUCGAGAAGCUCAUCCUGGCCAACCUGAUCAACAAGAGCAACCGCAAGCUGUGCGCCGGCGCCUGUCUGCUGCUCAGCGCCAAGAUGAACGACGUGAAGGGCGAGGCCCUCAAGAGCCUGAUCGAGAAGACGGAGAGCGUGUUCCGGCUGAAUCGCAAGGAGCUCAUAUCCUCGGAGUUUGCGGUGCUGGUGGCCCUGGAGUUCAGCCUGCAUGUCCAUCGGCACGAGGUGCUGCCCCACUACCAGCGGCUGCUCUACGAAUCCUAGGACUGGCCAAGCCGCUUCGGCGGCGGGGAAAGGAGUUUUCUGGCGGCGGCGCAGGCUGUGCAGCAACUAGUCCGCAAGGGCAGUCGCAGGAGUCGGCGAGGCGCUGCCUACUUUUCGGCGGGCGAUCGUACUUAACCGCUCGGCCGUAGCAUACUUACGGGUGUUGGGCUUUCAAACGAUUCAAUAAUAUUGCUAGAUCUAAGGCGUAGCUACAUAAGUUCUUUUUGCUAAUGAAAUACGGAAGACAA